GUAAACCAAAACAGCUUAUAACGUCUCCUCACUCCCCAUCUUCAAGAGGAAUUCCAUUAUCUUCUCUCAAUUCUCUCCCCUUUGUAUACGGGCUGAGCAGCCUCCAUUUGUGGCGGAGACGGAGGCGGAUCAGGCUCCUGUUCCUUCACGGAGAUGGCGGCGGUGCAGGGUGGCAAAUGCUCGGAUUACUCUGCCAUGGACGAUGGCCGGAGCUCGGGGACGUCCUCGGAGGUCAGUGGUGGUAAGGGAUUCAUGCUGUUUGGGGUGAGAGUUAUGAUGGAGGGAUCGUUUAGGAAGAGUGCUAGUAUGAAUAAUUUGGCUCAGUAUGAUCAGCAACCCCAAGACUCGAACAAUGAUGUCGCCUCCGGCUAUGCCUCCGACGACGUCGUCCAUCCCUCCGGCAGGAGCCGUGAGCGGAAGAGAGGGGUGCCAUGGAGUGAGGAGGAGCACCGGCUGUUCUUGUUGGGGCUGCAAAAAGUGGGGAAAGGAGACUGGAGAGGAAUUUCAAGAAACUAUGUGAAAACAAGAACACCUACUCAAGUUGCAAGCCAUGCUCAGAAGUACUUCCUCCGCCGGAACAACCACAACAGGCGGCGCCGGAGAUCCAGUCUUUUUGACAUUACAACUGAUGCGGUUGUGGGUUCUGCAAUCGAAGACCAAAUGCAUCAAGAAAACUCACCACAGCCUCCAAUAGCACAACAACAGAACCUCAGCAAAAAUCUGGAGAAAUUUCCCAUGUCAACUUAUCCUGUGGCUAUCACACCUCUAGUGGUUCCAAUCACAAGUGAAAAUCACGUAGAAAAUCGAACACUUGGACAAGUCAAUCAGCUCAACAAUUCACCCAGGCCCAUCAGGCCAAUCCCUAUCUUACCAGUCCCUCCAUCUUCCAAAAUGGCCAAUUUGAACCUAAACAAGACCACAAGCCUUCAACCUCCAUCUUUAUCACUUAACUUGUCGAUAUCGUCACAAUCACCUCCUCCGCUACCUCCAUCCAGUCAGGAACCACCACCACCACCACCAUCCAAUCAGCAAUCACCACCUGCACGGCACACGUCGACUUUCCAAGCAAUGCCUGCUAGCUUCAAUGAGAGUGGUGGGGAUAGCAUCAUUAGUGUUGCUUGAAGGGAAUUUGUUGAUAAUAUUGAUAGUGAUUUCUGUGUUGUAGAGUGGGGGAAUCUGUUGCACUACUCCUUUAAGUAUUCUAAUCUUAUUUUCAACUUUUUUGAAAGAAAAAGAAAAAAAAAUGGUUGGAUUAGUUAGCUUGGACUAGAUUUAUGGGGAUUAUAUUAUUUGUUGGGUGGAUAGGUGAUGUCUUCUUGUACAGGGUAAGAAGAUUGUGAAAGUUGAUGUCAUUUUCAAUAGUUUGGGGCCGUUGGAUUCCUGUUUUGUUCUUGUCUGCAGUUUAAAUACUCAUGUGGGGAUAAUUUAUUCAAGUUAGGUUUCAUCUGCCUUUUCCUUGUAUUUAUGUCAUUUUCUCAGCAUAUGGAAAUUAGAAUUUUUAUAUUAA